GGCUGCUUUGCGACGGGCGGCCUUUCCUGCAAGAGGCGGACUCCAUUUCCCGGCGCUCCCCGCGGCCUGAGGAGGCGGGGAAGGGGAAGGAGCCGGUUUUUUCCCCGCAAGAUGGCGGACGCGGUGCUGAGCGCCGGCGUGAACCUGGAGGCCUUCGCGCAGGCCAUAGCCGCCAUCCAGGCGCUCCGCUCCAGCGUGACGCGGGUCUUCGACUGCCUCAAGGACGGCCGGCGGCACAAGGAGGCCGUGGAGGGCCGCGAGAAGGGCUUCCUCGCCAGCUUCCAGGACAGCCUCCACUCCGUCAGCCGGGACUUGGGGGAGUUGGAACGCUUGAGUAACCUGGUGGGCAAACCAUCCGAAAACCAUCCCCUCCAUAACAGCGGCCUCCUGAGUCUCGACCCCGUCCAAGACAAAACGCCCCUCUAUAGUCAGUUGCUCCAGGCCUAUAAAUGGUCAAAUAAGCUACAGUAUCACACCGGCCUGGCCUCUGGUCUUCUGAAUCAGCAGUCCUUGAAGAGGUCAGCGAACCAGAUGGGGGUCUCCGCCAAGCGCAGGCCAAAAGCUCAGCCCACCACCCUGGUGUUACCGCCUCACUACGUAGACGAUGUGAUCAGUCGCAUUGACCGAAUGUUUCCGGAGAUGUCUAUUCACCUGUCUCGGCCCAACGGGACUUCCGCCAUGCUGCUGGUAACUUUGGGAAAGGUAUUAAAAGUUAUCGUCGUGAUGAGAAGCCUCUUCAUUGACCGGACGAUAGUCAAAGGUUUCCAUGAAAAUGUCUACACGGAAGAUGGCAAGCUUGAUAUCUGGUCGAAGUCCAACUAUCAAGUCUUCCAGAAGGUGACGGAUCACGCAACCACGGCUCUCUUGCAUUACCAGCUCCCUCAGAUGCCCGACGUGGUUGUCCGGUCCUUUAUGACCUGGCUGAGAAGUUACAUCAAGCUGUUCCAAGCUCCGUGCCAACGUUGUGGGAAAUUCCUGCAGGACGGCCUCCCUCCCACCUGGCGGGAUUUUCGGACCCUGGAAGCCUUCCACGACACGUGCAGGCAAUAAGCCGACCUGGGAGUGGAUCAGAACAGCCGACCUGGAAGUAGACGAUGGGUCUGAGGAAACCCCAACCUCCCGUGGAGCUUUCUGUAAGUGCCGGCGGUCUCCUUGACCGAGAUCCAUGUCUUCAUCAACCUGAGCAGGAUUGAAUGGAUACUUUGGUGGAGCGUCGUGACCUCUUCCAUGAUCAUGACCUUGUUCAACCAAGAAUGGGAAGAAGUUACGGCCUACGUCUCAAGAAUGAGAAGAAGUUAGGGUCUGUCUCUCAGAGCUCAGCCUCCUGGCCCGAGAAGAAUUCCUUUGUGGCUUUGAAGAUCUACGCUGGCCGCCUCUGCUGACACGAAUAAAAAUGCAUCCUUUCGAUUCUCUCUCUCUUUUUUUU